AUGGUAAAACUCUAUUAUGAGAUGGUUCUCAAACUGGAUCCUGGAAGCUCAGAGGCCCAGAAUGAGAUCCAGAAGCUCCAGCAGGUGCUGGAAUCGAGUGGACGCACGGCGGAGAAGAGCGAGAGCGAUGCAGAGCCGUUACAACAGCAGCAGAGGAAACAGGAAGCAGUCGUGCAGAAAGACAGAGGGAACGCUUACUUUAAAGAAGGCGAGUACGAGGCGGCGGUGGAGUGUUACUCGAGAGGAAUGCAGGCGGAUGGGACGAAUGCACUGCUGCCUGCUAACAAAGCCAUGGCUUACCUCAGACUCCACAGGUUCAGCGAGGCGGAGCAGGACUGUAGCGCGGCUCUCGCUCUCGACGCCUCGUACGCCAAAGCCUUCGCCAGACGAGCCACGGCCAGAGCCGCUCGAGGCAGGAUCAGAGAGGCCAAAGAAGAUUUCAAGCAGGUUCUGAAGCUUGAGCCGGGAAACAAACAGGCCUUGAGUGAGAUCGAGAAACUCUCAGCGGAGAUGAGGAGCAGCGGUCUUCUGGCUCCAGAGGACAACAAACAGAGGAGAAGCAUCCAGUCCAUCAACAAACCUGAAGAUCUCAGAUCCACCAAACCCUUGAGGAGGAUUGACAUCCAGGAGGUGGGUGCAGAGAUCUCACCGUCCACGUCUUCACCGCAUCCCAAGAUCCAGAAGAUAGAGGAGAUCUCAGACGCUCCUGUAUCCAGGGCUUGUGUAGAUUCAUCUGCAGAUCCUGAAUCGAUUCCUCCUCCACCCAGCAACGCUUUCCAGCUGGAGGCCGACCUCAGGAAGACCAGCCGUCACCCACAAUCCACUUACAAAUAUCUGAAGCAAAUCAGUCCAGACGCUUAUCUGAAGAUCUUCCAGAACUCUCUGGAGCCUGAUGUUCUCAACCACAUCCUCAAGACCUUCCACAGCUUCUUUCAACAUGAUGAUGCAUCUCUUCUGCUGGCCGUUCUGAGGAGCCUGGCGAGCGUGAGGAGGUUUGACAUGACCGUCAUGUUCAUGUCGUCCGCCGAGAAGAAACUCUUACAGGAGCUGUUUGACUGGAUUCACAGCGCCGGUCUGGGAGACGCUUCUGUUCAAGACUUACAGAAGAAAUACGGCCUUUGACCUCUACAGAAAUCUCUCCGGAUUAGAUUUACGAUCAGACUGACACCUCACUGUCUGGCUUCGCUGUGAAUGAAUCAGAUGCUCUGAUUCCUCAGAACGGACGUUUGAAUGGGUUUAUGUGGUUCCUGUGCAGAUGAGCAGAAUUUCAUAUGAUAUUAUUAUGAGUCCAUCUAAAACGUUCACUGUUGGUUCAUGUGUUUUUCUUCUGUUUCUGUAGUUCUGAAUGCUGCAGUAUUAAAGUCAACAUGAAAUCCAAACGGACUCUAGACUCCAAUCC